AUGUCCAGACCAUUAUUCCUUGCUUGGCCCUGGAGACCCCUCUGCAGCCCCUCCCAGCCUCUCCCGAUGAAUGGAGCAGAAGGCCAGAUUCUGCAGGGGAAGGGGUCUCGCAGGCAGGGGACAGCUCUGCACCGUUCUUGGUCGUUUCAGGCACCACUGAGAGGGAGACAUCCUCUCAGCCAGGUUCCCCACAAGGUACAUGAGGCUUCUGCUGUGCAGCUGCCAUAGAAACAGGGGACAGAUCAAAGCAGGAGAGGACCAACAUCUGUGGCAACCAAAGUAAGGACGAGGUACCCUGAGUCAGAAAUCUCCAUUGUGGAUUUAUGCAGUGACUGUUGGAACUCAAGUAAAGGACCUACAGAGCCCUCUGUCCUUACCACUUCCCAGCAAGAAGCCACUCCCAGGAGGCUGCGCCUCCAGGAGCCUCGGAGACAGACACUGGUGGAGGAGCAGGUGCCUUCUCAGAGAUUUCUCAUGUAG